AUGCAAAAGUCAUAUACACGGGACGCACGCUGUAAGGACUAUAACAACGACGGAACGCCUAGAAUACCCGGAGGUUGCGCUCAACCGAAGGGAAGAUGUCGAUUUGUUCACCCAUCUGACGGCGCUAGAUGGGAUAACGCUAGGCCGUCUGUUCUCCUCUCAUCGCUCAGCUUGAGCGCCGUCAACUCUCCUGCUCUUGAAUCCAGCAUAUCUUCGCCGGUCUUCCGCCACUCUUCCGUCAACAGCUCCAAGGCGCCUGGUAAUCUGGAAUCGGACUCGACUUCUGUUCCUCGCGGACUGUUGGAGUCAUCCGCUGAACGGCUCACUCAAGAGAAGGCCGAGUCUGUGAGUCUGAACGCCGGCUCUGUCUACUCACCGACGUUCUCGCCUGCACCGUCAUUCCAUGGUCUCGAUGAGCACUCUGACAUGGAAGUCGCUGACGAUAAUUCGGCCCACUUGACCCCCAAAACUACGCUUCGAGUGCCUGACAAGACAUCUCCCCGAAGCACACAGGUCAAACAUACUCAGGGUGUGAUAAAUCUGAUGGAUAUAGAGGGCGCAAGCCGUAGCUUUACAAAGCAAAUGGUUGACGGCCUUUACCUUCAUGAAGAUCUCUCGGCGGCUCAGAUGCGUAUGGAUGAUCUUCGACGCAUGCAGCACUCUCAACUCUACGAACACCCGAGUGCGACGCUCCGUGACAAAAUCAGCGCAGCCCGACGCGACGCCGAACAGAAACAAGUCAUGCUCUCGAAGAAGCUAUUGUCGCGGAACAGGAAGUUAUCGCAACUACCGGAACUUGGACGAAUUGUACUGGACCUGGAUUCCUACUGGCAGAAGGAUUUCAUGGCUUUAGAAAGCUAUCUCGAUGGCGUAGAGAAGUGGCUUGAGGCUGUCGAACCUCAGAUACGCCCGGUCGUGGCUGAACUCCAAAGGCAACUUCCUGAAACACGGGCAGCGCAUGAACACUCUAAGCUCGAGGGUGAGCCAGUGUAUAUUCCGCCAAGUCUUAAAAGAUCCGUGCGCCGAAUUCGCGAAGUUCAUCGUGAGGUCCAAGAUCUCGUGCAGGGCAGAUCACAAUUGCCUGAAGAUCAUCUUGAGUCCGAGCUACUUGCACUCUUUGAGGAGAAACAGGGUGAGCUGUACCAAGCGCGUAGAACGGGACCACAGCAAGCUGUAGAUCGCGCUGCGUUGCGGAGGCUUGACGGGCUCAAGCGCGGCAACAAGAGACUUGAUGCAGCACGUGCCGAGUGUGACACGCUCAUAGCUGCGUCUGUGGAGGCUUCCAUAGAAGCAACACUUGCACCUCGCCGCCAGAGUGUCGCACUGUUAAGGCAGCAGAUUGAGGAGAAUCGCCGUCAAGCUGCAGAAAGCCGCGAGGCCGCGCGCUGCGCAAUAUCCGGCGUUCAUCUCGCGUCGGAAAAUGGCGAGGCCGAUGACUUGGCCGCACGAUCGCGGACUCUGCAGCCACAUAUGGAGCAAAGAGUCUAUGAGGAUGUCGACCAUGCUAUCGUGGCCAUGCAUGGUCACUCCACUCAGCAGGCGUACGUGGGGCUCGUGCGGAAGGUGCGAGACCUCAUGGAACCCAACUUGGUGGUCGCGAAGUACUUGGAUCAUCGUAGGAUACCCUAG